GAAGACAUCGACCACCCAAGGCCGUGCCGAACAUGUCUGAAGCAGGCCCGUCGUCCAACAGCACCCACCAUGUCGCCCAUGAUGCACCCGCGAUGGACAACAUGACCUCCAGAGACUACUAUGCCGACUCUUAUGCUCACUUUGGUAUUCACGAGGAGAUGCUCAAGGAUGGCGUUCGGACAGGUUCCUACCGUGCCGCGAUCGUGAACAAUGGCCAUCUUUUCCAGGGGAAAACCGUCCUUGACGUCGGCUGUGGAACCGGCAUUCUGAGUAUGUUUGCUGCGAAAGCCGGUGCUUCGCAUGUUGUUGGUAUCGAUAUGUCGAACAUCAUUGAUCAAGCCCAAAAAAUUAUCGAAGCAAACGGCUUCAAGGACACAAUCACUCUCGUCAAGGGCAAGCUCGAAGAUGUUGAGCUUCCAAUCCAGCAAUUCGACAUCAUCAUCUCCGAGUGGAUGGGCUACUUCUUGCUUUACGAAUCCAUGCUGGACACCGUGCUUCUUGCUCGUGAUAAAUACCUCAAGUCCGACGGCCUCAUGUUCCCCGAUAACGCUCGUUUAUACAUGGCUGCGAUAGAGGAUCAGGACUACAAGGAAGAAAAGAUCAACUUCUGGGACAAUGUGUAUGGGUUUGAUUACUCGUGCAUCAAGGACAUCGCCCUUCGGGAGCCUCUGGUGGACACUGUAGAACUCAAAGCAGUGGUCACCGACCCUUGCCUCAUCAAAAGCAUUAACCUUCUGACUGCCAAAAAAGAAGACCUCACCUUCAGCGCGCCCUUCUCACUCACCGCUACCCGUGACGAUUAUGUCCAUGCCUUCUUGGCCUGGUUCGACAUCACAUUUGACUGCACGCACAAAAAAGUCCAGUUCUCGACUGGCCCCCAUGCACAAUACACGCACUGGAAACAAACCGUCUUCUACACCCCCGAGACGAUCGUCGUCAACAAUGGCGAGAAGAUCAUCGGCCAGCUGACGUGCGCGCCCAACUCCCGGAAUAACCGCGAUCUCGACAUCACGAUAGCAUACAAGGCCAAGAACGCCGAAACAACCGUAGACUACAAAAUGUCCUGAUAUAUUCCGCCUCACAUUUGUGUUUAUGUCGCUUGUGAUCUUGCUCGGUUCACGUCUAAUCUCGGUUCGGUGUAUAGGUAUUAAAGAGGCGUGUGAUAGACAAGACCUCUUGCCCCUCGAAAGCCCACCGGUCGUUUUGCACAUAGAUCGACAUGGGAGCAUCGACUACCUAGCAUCCUCAAAAAUGAUAUACAGCUACAGCAUAUUUAGUUGAAUC